CUUCUUCUCCCUCCGCACAUCGUCAAUCGCCAGCUUAGUCCGAGACAAACUGAUCUUCAAAGCCGGCCUGGCGUAGGCAUCUGGCCUAUGAAGCUUCUUUCCCAGACAUCAAUACGCCCCCAAGCUUCCCUGUAUCGUAUUGGGAAGGAUACGUUCGAUCUAAGGGAAGCAAAGAACUGUCUAUCGACGUGCAGUUCAUAUUACAACAAACGAUAUAGAUGCAGAAAUGACGUCCCUUUUGUUGCCUGCUAUCCUUUGAUCAUGCGUAUUCCAGAUCGGACGCGGACGACGAACGUUGUGUUCCCUACCAUCUGCGCCAUCACAUUACAGCAGCGCCUAGAACCCUGUUCUGGAAAGGAUGUAGUCAAACUUUGGUGAAUUGGUGAAUGUUGUGUGCAAGCUUCCCGCAUCAGUGCUCUUCACAACUGGAUCUCCUGCAAAACGACUAUUGAAGGUGGAUUACAUUCAAAUCAGGGAAAGCCCUUCUGUCAUACGAUACGUACGGACCUUGGAUCCCUUCCUCCCGUCAACAAAGGUUGCAGUUACAAUAUGUAUAUCUCUUCCGCCCUUCCUCGCACUCGAGUCAUCACUUACUCUGUACCUCCAUUGCCGCACGCACGCCCAUCUAGUCGCUCAGCACACCCGUCCCCUUAUUUCUUUUAGAUCCGCUUCCCUAUCUUUUUUGAAGAGACAAAGCUCAACGAAAUCUAAAUCCUGCACAGCUCUAAGCAGUCUUGCAAAGUAGUCUUACCUUCAGUGUGCACCAUAUUGAUUAUAAUCUGCAGCAUUUAUUUCAAAGGGGUAUCACUACAAUUUUUUUGAAGUCUCAAAACCCAGAAACGCAUAGGACAUCGAGCGCUGGAUAACUCACGCUUUGUAAUCUAACAAACUACCGGACUAAAGCAAAAGUCCUAGUUUUGACACAUACAAGUCGCCAAAGGACGCGUGGCAGAAGGAAGAAGAGUGUGGCGCGGUCAACAACAGAUCAGAGCCAAUCUUCUUCAUCCUCAUCUGUUCCAUGGCAUUCCGGUAGAGGCGGCUUCCUACCAUAGCACAAAGCAGGCUCUCAUAUAGGGUGCGGACGCCUGAAGGUCACGGCGAGGAAGUCGCAGCAAAAGCAAAAAAGCACCCAAUACUGCAAAGAAUCCAAUAAUCCCGAAAGUCCUUUUGUCUGUCCCGAUUAUGCUUCUGGAAAGCGAUUACUCAGAGAUGGGAAGGGAAGGACACCGUUCUCCCGAAAAACAUCGAUCUGAAGACAGGCGUCCCUCGGGCGAGGAGCAUCUAGUCUCUAGGUAUAAUAAUCCUCCUAUUUCUGAACAAACAAGGAAUUCCCCUUCCCGAGAAGCCAGUACUACUGGCCACGAAGCCCAACCUCUGGCCCCUUCAUCAGCUGAGCAAAAUCUGCCCACCCAUUAUGUUGUGCGCCCCAUACAGACACCCGACGCUCAUCAGCAAUCUGGUUCUUCUGAUAGAAUUGAAACGGCAACAGAAGUGAGACAAUCCGAACCCUCCGCUCAUCAGCAGCCCAUAGAGGGAUUGCUUUUACUUCGUCAACAACUUCCUAUAAGCCCUGCCAGGAAACGAUCCAGAAGCCCUCCCCCUUUUGGCCGUAUUGAUAAAUUCGGGCGAUCGCGCAGCAGCUCUCCAAGUGGAUCAAAAUCCGGUGAAGAUAAGGCAAGGAGUCGUCCCAAUACAGGUGAUGAAUUGAAAAGCAGUAUGCGCGGGAGGGAAAUGCAGUCUAGAUCACCACACAAUGUAACAGACUUUUUGACUGAACCUCCUUCUUCAGCACUUCGCUCUACUGUUCACAGCUCAUUAUCUUUUUUCGAGAGAGAGCUUGUCGACGUGAAAUCACCAUGUUUACCAGCCAUAUCUGACUGGAAGCCGACGGAGACACCUCCAAGUGGGCUAAUAAAGCCCACGCUUUCUUCUUUGGUGUCCGAUUUUCGUAGUCUCCCACCACCUUUUCCCAGCGCCCCUUUAUCAUCAGCCCGUUCAUUCUUUGGUCAGUCACGAGCCGGUCCCUCCUCUCAAUCACAAGAAUCGUCUAAUCCACGGCGAAGGAGUGAAGACGUUCAUCACCAUCUUCCUAGCCUUGAACUGCCCUUGCAACCUCUUGUUGAAGAGCAGACGCUUCAACCGCCUAGACCUCCGCUCGAUAGACAGCAACAUCUUGAUAUACCAAGCCCUUCUCUAUCUGAUCCUGCAAAGGGUCCUGGAGAACAGCCUCCCUCUGCCGUCAAAGGGAGUCGUGCAGAAAGGACAUCUUCUACCAAAGGGAUGAGAGAAAAGGGUGGUAGAUUUGAACAAGGUGGGAGUGGCUCAGGGAAGAAGAAGGCGAAGCAUCAAUCGGCUGAGUUGCUUUCUCCAAAGGGUAGUGAUACUAAAAAUGUGGCAGAUGCUCCAGGGCCGAGUGUUAAUGCGAGGCUUUCCACCGAGAGCACCGGUCAUGAAAGUGCAUCGGGAAGGGCCUUCGAUAUACAUUGGACGCCUGAUAACGUGAAAGCAUAUUGGAUGGGUUAUGAUUCUGCUAUGCGGGACGUUAAAUUUGGGAGGGGUGAUGUUAGAGUAAAUAUGCCUAAAGAAGGACGUGCAGUGGCCAUGGAGGUCUCAGUUGAUGAACAGCAUCAGCAGCAUUCCAAGACGAGGGCUGGAGCUACAGCUGCAGAAUCACCUCAGAAUCUUGGCUUCAGAGCUGCUUACAGACCUCCUCCUUCGCCUCAAACUGUCACACAACCACAAUUGCAGACUCAGAGGUUGGCUCCGCGAAUGAGACCACAUGGUGAAAACCAACCUGAACCACUUUCGCAAGGCACUACAAUUUCCCCUAGUAUGAGAACUCUGAGUCACCCGAUUUUUGCGCCCUUUGGUUGGGAACCUUCCAAUCCUGUUGUCCAUCCGCAGCAGAGGAGGUCAACGUAUCCGGUACACAUGCCUAAUUUCGUUGCCCCUAUUCAUCCUGCUUACCACCAGAUUGUUGCGGACCCGCCAAAAAAGCAGGUGCAGGUACCUAUUGGAACACGAUUCCAUCCGCCACAAAUGCAUCCUCCUCCAAUUUAUUCGCUCUCCUCAUCGGAAUCUUCCACUAAUUAUCGGGAAGGGUCUGGUCUCGAGCCUGCUGGCUCUCAUCGUCAGAGGAAGCGACAGCUGAUCUCUUGCUAUCCUUGCAGAAAGCGCAAGCUUCGAUGUGACGGCCGGCGACCAGUCUGUGAACAAUGUGAGAGAAGGAAAGUCGCCGACCAGUGUGGAUAUGCUGAAAGUAUUAAACGACGGAGGAGGACCAAGAAUGCUGAGGACGAUGAUAUCGAGAUGAGAGAUGAAGGGGAUGACGAGAUCGAAGAAGGAAAGGAGGAGGAGAUACAAGCCGGGCCUAGCAGAAGGGAGAACUUGGAUCGCGAAGAGAGGGACCAAGUGUAAGGAUAUAGAGGAAGGGGGAUGGAGGAAGACAAAGAGGAAGACGAGAUGCAGACGACGAAAUAGUUCUUACGAAGACAGCGACACCGCUACACCAAGCCCUUGAAGGAUAUGAGUCCUACUAUCCCAGGAAUGACCCAUUGUCAUCUGAUCUGAGACCUAUAAGGAUUAUCGACCUCGUGCUUGUUAAACUGGAGUUUCCUCAGCACCGGCGUAUUAACAGACUCGAAGGGCGUGUACAGAAUAGUGAUGCAUACC